GCGCGCGCCUCCGUCUCCCGUGGGCCGUGCGUCCGGGUCCCUGCGCUCCCGCGUUCUCUUCCUGGGCUGCGCCCAACUCAAGUUCAGGACCCCCCGGUACCCGGGCACCGGGCAUUGGGCUCUGCCCGCGCCGCCGCCGGCGCAGCCCUCCCUGGCCCGGCCCCAGCCCGCCAGCGCCGUGGGGUAGGAGGCUAGAGGACGGGAGGGGAGGCGCGGGCCGCCUGGUGCCACCUCCGCUCAGUGCGCCCCGCGGGCCUCGCGGCUAGAGUUGGAGGCUUCUCGGGGCCGCUCUUUUCCCUGCCUCCCGUCCGCCUGAGUCCCCCGCCCUUGGGGCGAGGAGGAGAGCUGGGUCCCCGCGGCCCAGACGCUGCACGGGAUCCUCCCCCGCACCUGGAGCCCGCGGGCACGGGGACAAGGGGGCCGGAAGAGGAGGGAGUCCGCGCGCGGCUCUUCUGUGCUGUGGCCGGCGCCUUGCUCCCUUUGGAGAGGUGGGAGAAGCCUUUGUUGCCCGCUGCACGUGAACCUCGGGUGUGCCGGCGGCUUGCGGGGCCGAGGUGGAGGGUGGACGCCCCGCUCGGCUCCUCGCGGGCAGGUGUGCGGGGAGCGCAGGAGGGACGCGUCUACCCGCGGGUCGGGGACGGUUCGCAGGUAGCCUGGGGUUUGCGGGGCUAAACCACCGGGAUGAGAAGCCUACGGGAAGGGACGGGCUAAAGAUCCCACACCGCCUCUGCCUUGGGCUCCGGUCGACCCAGGGCACUUUCCCUGGCACCUGAACACACCUGCGGACUCCUUGGUGUUCGUCUGGCUUUUGAGGGCUGAUGGUUAACAAAUGUGGUCGAAGGGCCUGCCAGACCUCUUCGAUGCCUGUCUUAGAGCGGUUGGGAAUUGUGGGCAAAUAUUCAGCAGUUUGCUGAAUAGUUUAAUGACCAUGGAGAUCCUGGGAGAUCCCCGAAGUCUGCAAUCCUCAAGAGGCUGGCCGGCAGGGCCUCAUUUAUUCGUUCAUUCAACAAAUAUGAAUGUGCCCAUGGGUUGGGUUGUGGUGGGACGGCGGUGGUGGUGCCAAGUGGGUGUGUGUGUGUAAGGAACAUGAUUACCGCAUCUGUUGGGUUGGGUUUGGGUUGGGGGGGGAGUGCUGCUGGAAUUGGAUUGGCCCUAAUCCAGCCCUCCUGGGGAGGGGAAUGAAGAGAUGGAGCCUGAUGGGGACCCAGCACCAGCACCUCACCCCCCAAUUCAUCCCAGAAUUCCCCCGCCCCCAUCAGACCUUGCUUGCCCUUCCUGGAAGUCUUAUCUGCUGGCUCAAGACUCAUGCUCAGUGGCACACUGUCUGGCAUCUCUAUAUAGAAAGGAGCUGAAGGAAGCUGUGUGAGAAGAUGUGGGUUUUCCACGUUCCAUCUCCACCCAGAUGGGGUGCCUGGCAGACUCUGAGAUGAGGUUGGCCUGAGUCAGGGCCCUGGGGGUCCACCAGGAAUCGGUGAUGAUAACUGUGUCUGGAAAAGUAUCUGAUCUCAGAACCAGGAGGAAAGUGGAAGGGGGAAUCCCCCCUUUUCAGAAGUUUGGUAGGUAGCGUUCCAGGGAGUGUGUAUUUUCGCAAACUCUUCUGUCCCCUUUAGGGAAGAAGGCUUGUGCAGCACUUCACAGUGAGGGUUUAAAGCAGGCAUCUUGUGGCUCCUUUGGGUAUCCUGGUACCUGUGCUGGGCCGGGCUCCAGGGGGUCCCCAGGGGCGGGGUGCCCUCUUAUGGGGAAUGGAGAUAUGAGACCAGCGGCUGAUGGAUUGGGUUAUGGGCCUUGAUGGAGUUUUGUGCAAAGAGCUGCGGGAACCUGGGGUGGGUUGCUGUGAAUUCUGUCUGGGGAGGUGGACUUGGGGCUGGCAGAGAUGCUGAGGCUAUCCGGGCUGUCUGGAGUGGACUCUGAAGGAUGAGUAGUUGCUUGCCAGAUGAAGAAGGUGGAAAAGGGCAUUCAGGGUGGAGGCAUAAAGGACUCAGCAGGUGCAGGGAAUGCUGGGGAGGUGUGCCCUGCAUGGAGGCCUUGGUGGCUGCACGGGAAAGCUCACAGCCUUGGCUGGUACCGAGAAUGGCCUGCCCAGGAGCCGCCAGCAGGGCCGAGCCUCCAGACUCAGAAGGGAGGAGGAGGGCAGAUGGAGCAGUGUGGAUAUUUGAUGACGGAGCCUUCCAGGGUGGGAGUCUUGGCCCUGCAGAAGGGCCAAGACGGAUGAUUCCAGUGGUUCUGUGAGGUGGAGGAAGGGCCACUCUCUCGAGCUGUGGCCACAGGAAGUACCUGCUGUGGCUGCCCUCCUGGUCACCAUUUGCCAAGCUGUUACUGCAGAGGCUGGUGCAGGCCCGCAGCACCGCAAGGCCUGCUGGUGCGUCUGCCCCUCCCCAGGCACCUUGGCCACCACACAUCCCUGCCCAAAGCCACUGAUGGGUCUGAAAAAGACAGCUAAUCAAGGCCUGCAGAGCUCCUGAACUGGGCACUCACACACAGAGCGUUACCUAUGUUAAAUAGCUUGUUUAGACAUCACAGUAGUUAGAUAGACUAGAUUAUCACCCCAUUUGUCAAAUGGGGAAACCGGGGCACGGAGAGGUUAAGUAAUUUGCCCGAGGUCACAGUCAAGGGAGUCAGACCUCUCACUGCUCCUGUUCCCAGGUUCAGCCCACCCACCUCUGCACCCGGGACCCUGUUAAACCACGAGGGGGAGGAACAGAGAGGCGCUGGUGGACCCCCUCCCUUGUCGGGCAGCUGGGCCAGCAGUGCCCACUGGAGGGGGUGCGGCUUCUGGGGCAGUGCCAAGGUCCCUCACAGUGGGGUUUUCUCCUCAAGGACGGUCCCCACCAGCCACCCCCACUCCUCAGUCCCCUGACCCCUCCCCCACCUGCCUGGCUUGGUCAGUCUGGGGAAAUUUCAGGUGAAAGGCAACUCGACCCUCUGUGUGACCCACACGCCACCGUUUUUGGAGGUGCUGCUGUCUCGCAAGUCCAAUUCUUGUUUGGCUUUGGAUGUUUAUGUCCAGGGCCCUUUUCUGUAGGGGAAGCCACCAACUGAGAAAAAGAGAAAGUGUUUUUUUUUUUUUUUUUUAAUGUAUUUGUUUGUAUGCUUGUUUUAUUUCAUUUAUUUUAUCAUCACAAAUGCUAAUGAAUGCCUUACUAUGGGUCAGGUGCAAUUUCAGUGCUUUGCCUAUAUUAACUCUUUUAAUCUUCAUAUGAACCCAAUGAGAUAUCUACUAUUAUUACUCUCAUUUUCCAGGGGAGGAAACUUAGACACACAGAGGGUAAAUGACUUGCCCAAUAUCACAGUAAGAAGUAAGAGGCAGAGCUGAAUUUGAGUCCAUGCUCUUAUCCCUUACUCUAAUGCCAUUCUGUGUAGAUAAAUACAGUCUAAUAUUUUAAAAUAAUACAAAAGGUACUAAACUCAUGCAAUCCCUGUAGCUAUAGGAUGUUUCAAAAUAAGGUAAAGUUCUAUUUUAAACUCUCCAAAGCACAGGUCCUCAUCUAUGCUCAGCAGCCUUGUAUCUGUGCAUGCUAGGAAGUGGUUUGUUUUUAAGUUACUCGCAGGCACGUGGAGUAACUGGGAAGAAAUUGACCCCGGCCGGAGAAGCCCCGCCCUUGGGGCGGGGUUGCCACCACGUGGGCGUUGCCUCCUGUCUUCUGGAUGCCGAACGCCAGCUUCCUGCCUGCCUGGCUCCCCAGCCUGCAGUUAACAAGCUCCUACCUAGGACUUGGGUGGCCGUGACCCAGCUUCAGGGUCCCCAGGCUGCUGCAGCCCUGUGACCUCGAGGGUGCAGCCCCACCGAGUCCUGGCCACUCUGGUCUUCUUCUGUGACUUCCUUGAGGCCUGUACACACAGGUGCUGACUACAGACGCACACCUGUGAGCCAGAAGUGACCUGGACCUCCCAACACUGACCGAACCAUGGAUCGUAAGGUCACCAAUGGUGCCAGCCUCCAGGAUGAGUACAUCACAGACUUGCUGGUGUUUGGGUUCCUCCAAAACUGCCCCAACUGUAACUUCCACAAAGAGCUGGAGUUGUUGGGCCAUGAACUUCCCACGCAGGCUCACUUGUGGGAAUACCACGACGAUGAGCUGCAGACAGAUGGCAACCGAUCCAGCUACUUCCACCUGGAAGAAAGAAGGGUGGCAGAUUCUGGACAUCAAGAGGAAAUCAUCCAGAACAUUGCCAGGCAUCUUGCUGAAAUAGGGGACAGGAUGGACAGCAGCAUCCACCCAGGACUGGUGAAUGACCUGGCCCGGCAGUUCAUGAACAUGAACCUGUCAGAAGAGGACAGAAGGAAUUACCUGGCUGCUGCCCUGGGUCAGAUGAUGCGGACUUACCCUUGGGACAUGGAAGAGGAGAAGGCCAUGCUGCUGCUGGCCAUGCUAUUGGUCAAGAAGGUGGCUGAUCACACACCAUCCUUACUCCGUGAUGUCUUUCGCACUACUGUGAACUUUAUCAACCAGAACCUGUUCACCUAUGUGAGGAACCUAACCAGAAAUGAGAGGGAAUGAAUGGAUGACUGCAAACACCUGAUUUUUGCUUAAAACUUGAUGUGGUGAUAGCCGGAUAGCUGCCUUCGAUGGAGAUGAAGCCACGCUCACUUAAACAAAGUUCUUAGAGAAUUCAGGCACUAGAUAAUAUUUAUUUCUCAAUAGUUUAAAAGAUAAUUUUUAAAGCUGGUAACCUAUAUAGAAAUUUCUACAUUAAUAUACUUGAAAGAAAAUAACUUGCACAUAUUUGAAUAGGUUUCAUACCAUCUCCCAAAUCUAUCUAUACAUUGUGCCUUUAUCUUAGGUCAGCUGUACAGGUUCCCACUUAAAAAUUAAAUUUAAAAACAGGUGGCAAGGCAGAAGACCAAAACAUACUUAAUGUUUUUGUUUGUUUGUUUUAAAAAAAUCUUUACCAUUUAUUAAAGCACAGCCUUGAGGCAUGGUCUUACAGCCAGCAAUAACCUGUUUGAAGAGAGCAAGGACUGGAGAAGAAAUGCACAGAGCCCUGACAAAUGAAAACUUCAAAAUAGAGGACACCUUAAUACUAAGGAAGUGAUCUUCCUGUUUAAGAACCAAAUGGCACAAGAGGUUCUGGACUACGUUGCUGUUCUCACACAGCAGAAAAAUCAGGCCUCAAUACAUAUAGGCCUUUGAUUUUUUCCACUUGAUUCCCUUUUAUCUGAGUUAGGAGGAACCACAGGCAACUGGAAGGGGUGUGAUUUCAGGGCCCUUGUCAACCACUAUUUCCAAAACCAGGUAACUAAAUGUACUUUUUUCCUUUGUAAGAAGCAGCAGAAAACUCUAAGAAUUUUAAGCUGUUGGGAUACCAGAAGUUACUGCCUAUGGUAGGGUGUCUAUAAAAUAGUCUUCUAAUUUCAAUUUCCAGUCAUACCUCUCAGCUUAUCCAGGCCUAAGAAGCUGCAUGUGGAGAAAACAGGUUUCUGGGCAGACAAGAUGAAAGGGCAGUUAGACUUGUUAAAAUUCAGCAGUUUGAGGUGGUUGCCUUCUCUAGGGACACAGUCAGAAUACAGGUAACAGCAAAAGCAAAUCACUUAGGUAGCACCAAAAUGUACAAACAGAAGCUCUAGGUUUAGCAACAAUACAGCGCUGGUUUGCUGCCUGGCUAUCAGCUGUUUCCUAGGAUGCAGUUUUACAAGUAUGACAAUGGGUGCUGGAUCCAUCUCCCACAUGCCCCUUUUUGCUCUAUCUUGGCCACAGUUGCAGCUCUUCUUAUUGUGAAGAAUAUGCUUUGGGGAAAGCAUAGGAACAAGGAUAAUGACAGUACUAAUAAAUCAUUUCCUGUUAUCAAAAUACAUCUCUGUUCCUCGAGCAUUAAAUUCACCAGAGAGAAACUCUACAUCAUUCUUCAGUGAAUGCAUAUCACACUAGGGCUGUGGCUCAAUUGAAUACAUUCCUAUGUAGUGUGAGGGCCAUUUGGAAAUAAAUCUUUCAGUAAUGUUAUUGCAGUGAAUAUUUUGGAGUGAACGUAAAAAAAAAAUUGAUUCCUAUCACAAUGGCAACAAAUUGAACCACAUAUACAUACACACUCAUACAAACAUACAUCAGUUACUAAGAUUCUCACUAGGGGAAAUGGUUUUCUUUCCAAAGGAGCAAUUUAAAUACAAGCAGUCGAUUCUAAAUAUAUGGAAAAAAGUUCUGGAACAGCAAAUAACCCCAGAUUAGCUCUCAGAAUACCUUUAAUCUUUCACAGCAUCUUUACUUUCCAGUGUUUUUCUUAGAUGGAUACAGUAUUAAUGCAGUUUUUGGUUUAUAAUUUCUCAGACCAAGUCUAAUAUACUUUCUCAGUCCUUCAGCAAGACUGUCACCUGUUCUCCCCAGACAGCAUUAUAAAAAGACUGUAGCAAGUGCGUAUGUUCCAGUCUUGAGCACAUCCCAGCCACAGUGACUCAGGCAUAUACUGGAAGUUGGUGGAUUUUGCAUGGGUAACAUAUUCUUGUGGAUAAAAAUGAGACUGUCAAAUUCAGAGAAUGUGCUUUUCAUUCUGUUUUUUAAAUAUGUGUGUUCUUUAAGCAUGGAAAUUCCUGGGCUAAAGAUAAAAAGUAUUUUCCAACAACUUCAUUAGCUGUGCUGACCGGGAACUGGAAUAUGGAAUGUUCUUUGGAUGUUAUGUUUUCUGAAUCUGAAGUCAAAACCAAACAAAUACAUACUUUGAAGAUUACAAGACUGAUUAUCUGAGACAAUCCCUCCAUAUAAACAGAAAGAUGAAUCCAUGGCUUAUCUUCGAAUUUCAUUAUAUUACAACCUCCAAAAUGUUCUCCCCAACACAGUACUUCUAACAGAAAGCACAGUUCAUAGAUUCGUAUUUUGUUCCUUCUAUGUUCCUUUACCCUGAAGAAAGCAGAGAUUGGCCGAAAGGCAGGCACCAGGAGGGAAAAAGAGUCGUCAGAAUAAUCAAUAGUCAAUUCAGAACAUCAGAGCUAUAACAAGGUCUAACGGUAUUUCAUACAGCAAAAGGAUAUGUAUGCUGCUUAAGUGAAAUGUUUGCAUUAAUUACUGAAAUUACCAUUUAAUUCCAAUAUUUUGAGGGGGUGAAAGCAUGAGAAUCAAUAAACUAAACUCAGUUUAUGAAGAGGGUAGGUAAGAGAGGCACUUAAUCUGAAGGAAUUAAGAAAUGGAAGACUAAAAUAGGAAAAAUUCACAUCUAGAAAAAAUUAAGUUCUAUCUUUUCCUUUGGUGAUGGCCAAGGAACAAUCUAUAUAAUUCUCUUGCUAGAAAUCAGGAAAAAAUGAGUUAUUCUAGACUGUAUCAGGGACAACUGUACUUCAAUUUCCUUUAUUCCCUGGGAAGGAAGUAUAAACUAGUAAUCUUAAAAUGUCAAACUUUUGUUUUAAAUAGUACAUUAAUUAACCAAUUUCUUCCCGUGGUGCAAAGAACACUCACUGCAAUAAGCAAAUCGCUAUAAAUCUUCCCCUUAGGAGAGCUGAGAACAGUGUAAGAAUCAUCUGGACAUGCUGCGCCUUUUUAACUUAUUACAAGACCUUGCAAAUAUCCCUGAGAACAAUUCCAACCUGAGCUUAUGCCGGGCUAGGGCUCUUUUAUAGUGUAAACAAAUAAGAAGGACCCUGAUGGCUUUUAAUUCACUACACAUGGCAAGUCAGGUUGAGGUUAAAUGGUCUGUAGAAAGAAAGGGAAGACAGAUGUUACUGUUUUAUUAUCAAGCCCGUUUCCAACUUUGCCUGGAGCUUUCUUUGCGGGGUAACUACAGAAUACUGCCUAAAUUUCAAGGAGGCAGUAUUCUAUAGCCCAGGCUCCUGUUAACUACACCCGUACCCCACUACCAUGCAUGUACAUGGACUGCAUCUUUCCCUGGGAAGUUGUCUACUGAGCCAGUUGUGCAUUGGCUGUACAUGGUCAACUCUCCUGACAGAGUCAGGGACCUCUCUGAGUGUCCAAGGCCAAGCCGUGCCUGGAGAUAUCCCCAUCCAUUCCACAUCCCCACCCCAGCCACAGGCCAGGGAGAGGGAGCAAAGGGAACAAACUAGGAAGAAGAGAAGAGAGAAAAGCAAGUGUCAUGGUGCUGCCUCAGUUAGUAUUUGGUGACGAUCCUGUGUCAGGCUGCCUAAUGCUGCUUACAAGCAAAAACACUGAACCUAACACACCAACCAGGAAAGCGAAGGGAAGAUCUCUGCCAAGGACAACUAACUUGUGAACCAUAAGGCAUUCAAUGUCUAAUGAGCACACCUGGUAUAAAAAGAAGUUGGGAACAGCCCCUGCCUUGGCUGGAUGACAGGCUCACUACCCAGAGCCUUCACCAGCCACCUGGGGCCUUGGUACACACUGGAGAAGGCUCCUGUUGUUGCUGGUGGUACAAUGCCACACCUGGGCACACAGCGGGGUGCAGGCCGACCGUCCACACCCAACUGCUCCUCACAGGCUGCCCUUGUAAGUAAACCAGUGGCACAUCUGUUUGUAGUCCGCCUGCCAAUACUGCCGUGCAGGGUCACCAAAAUAACUGAUAAAAACUGGAAAACACUAGACUUGGAGUCAGAAAUAUUCAAGUAAUUAGCUUGCCUCUCAUAUGCUAGAAGACUGGAAAAUUUACUAAACUCUCUCAUGAGGGUUCCUCAAUCUGUAAAAUGGUAAUGAGAGGAAUAUCAAUAGCAAUUAGAAUUGUGAAAGUGAAAUAAGAUGUGAGAGCAUUAGAAGAACCCCUGGCAUAUUGUAAAUGCUCAACAAAUAUGUCCUAAAAAUAUAAUUACACAGAAGUCUUAAGAAAAGGAUAUUCUAAUAUGGAAAAAAUAUGCCCCUAAACUCAGACCAAUCCCAGUUGAACAUUCUCAGUAAUGAAUGGCAUUAACAGGAAGUUAUCAAUGCUCAUGGAAGAUCUUGUUCCUCUAGGGAAGUGGAAGUAUUUUUCUGGCCUCAAGCAUGUUGGUGAGUCUUUAAAUGAGAUAAUGUCAGUGGAUGAAUUAGUCCACAGGCUGUAAGUUGUUUCUCUAAGUGAUCUGAUAGCCUACAGAACCUCACGUUCUCUGAAAGAGAAAUUUGUGUGAAAAAACACAAGAAACUAAGAGAAAGGGAAGAGAGGGAAAUAAAAUUCUUACCCUUGAUACCUUUCAUUUCUAGAAAAUAUCUCUUCAAAUAACUUGAGAAAUACUAUAGGUAUGACAUUUGUCCAUAUGUCAUGCCUUUAGGGAAAAAAGGCAAGGAACAGACAUUAUUUUUAUUUUAUUGUAGAGGAAACUGGCACAAAGGCUGAGGAAAUGAAUCUCCACAGGAAAUUCAUUGCCAGCUGUGGAUCAAGAAACCAUGUCUCUGGCUCACUAUCUAUUCCCCUAGGAUGAAUCUAGGCAGUGGUUGCAUUUGACAUAGGAAGGGGGCAGAAAUACAGCAAAGGAGAUACCAAGGAUGCCUUUGGGUAGGCCAUGAGGAACCAGAUGGUCAACAGUUGUGUUUCUUUAUCUAGAAAGGUCUUCAGAAGGCAAUGAUGGUCACAAGAGCUCUGCUAAGGCACACUGGAGGUACUGACCGACUUCUGUGGGCCCAGAAUUAACUUUAGGACAGAGAGGAUGUAUCGGCAUUCUCUAAUUCUGGUGUUUUUCUCAAGAAGCCUUCGCUAGCUUUUUACCAAGUGAUCAGAAGUCAUUACAUUCAAUGAAGCAGCUGAGAAGAGUUCUAGAGGACUUACUUUUCCUCAAUAGUUCAAAGAAUGAGGAAUGACAGGAUGAAAUUCUUAAUUCUGACACUGGAGUUCCAUUAAACAAGUUUAAUGGAACCUUCCCUUCACCUUACAUUUAGAUGUUAUAUAGUCAGGGGGUAAGAAGGAAUAGCCUCCUACUACCAACCUCCAACCAAAAAAGGUGGGGUUUGAAAAACAAUUUAAAAAUACAUAAUAGCAAACAAACAAACAAAAAAAAUAGGAGCUGCUGUAAGCUGCAGUCCUCGUUUGGGCGGUUCUCUGCCACUGCCAGAGGCGGAGGAUAAGGACGUGGAGAAAGAAUGAGAACGGUGGCAUCCUACUACUCAAGAACCAAGGAAGAUUCUAACUAGAGAAAGCCAACAGAAAAGAAUAUGUUUAUUAUUACCCAGAAAAAUUCAAUUGACCAAAAUACUUUGGGUUAACAUUUAACAGAUGGGGAAAUAAAGCAGCUGACAGUGUCAUCAAUAUCACACUGCUUUCUUAUUUCCUUUUGUGGAGAACACAGACCCAAAUAUCCUAAGCCUUAGAUCUCCUUUCAGCAGCUCAGAAAUGAACCUGCUCAGCACCUGCCAAUGAAUGGGUUUUGAAGAUCCAGGGUUUAAAAGUGUUCAACACUGGAAGGAAAACAUUUUAGUUUAAAAGGAAAAAAAAAAAAAAAAAAAGUCAAGAUAACUCACCAGUUUU